AUGGCACCUGCCCUCCGCGCAUUUGCGCUUGCACUGCGGGCAUCGUCGAUCUGCCCGUCGUCCCCCACCUGCCCCCAGGACGACCAAUGCUCCCUCACCUCGAAUGGGGCCACUCUUCAAGUCAGCUGUGCGACUGACUACUAUGGCGGCGAUUUGCAAUUGGCACAAACAUCUACGUUAGCAGGUUGCAUCCGAGCAUGCUCCACGACCACGGGAUGCAAUGCUGCAAGCUACGUGGGUGGUAACUGCUACCUCAAAAGCACGCUCAAUGCGGCUCAGCCCAAUUCCAACGUGAUCGGAGUAGCUGUGAUCUCUAGGGAUUCCUCACCAAUGCCUAUUCCAGCGCCAGAUGACCCCAAGCAGUGCCCUACCAGUUUUACCUGCCCGGAGAACGAUGGCUGCUCGUACACUGAUGGUGCACGUACUCUGGCACUUACUUGUGGAGUUGACUUCUAUGGGGGCGAUUUCACCAACCAGUACGCAGCAAAUCUCGAGGCUUGUACACAAGCUUGCUCAGGAAAUGCGCAGUGCCUGGCCGCUUCGUUCGUUGGUGGCAAAGGCGACGGUACUUGCUAUCUCAAGAGCACAAAGAACGGUGGUUCUAUAAAUGAUAGUGUGAAUGCUGUCUACGUUGUCUCCAGCACCGUGCAACCAAGCAGUUCAGCAUCAAGUCCAACCCCGUCGCCUUCCUCGACUAUUACAUCGACAAGUACCAUCUCUUCCAGUAGCACAGAUGUCAUCAUUAGCUCUACCUCAACCUCGACUUCGACCUCUACCCCUACCCCUACUCCCACUCCCACACCUGACCCCACUCCCACACCUACGCCCACUCCUACUUCUACUCCAACGCCUGAACCACAACCUACAUGUGGCGUUACCGGUAACCCAAGGCCGGGAGUGACCUACACCAACAUUGCCGGGCAGACCCAGGCCACUUGCAGGAUCCGGUGCCAAAACUAUACUCUUGCAGGCCGUACCUGUCGUGUCUAUUCUAUCAACUCCACAACAAGGAUUUGCACACUAGCAUUGGGAUUCUCUGCACCAACGUUCGAUCAGGCUUUUACCCCUAAUCAAAAUGCGGCAUACACCUGGUACGCCGUUGAAUGCCCAAUAGGAGGAUAG